UGCACAGCUGCUAGCUAAAGAAUCGCAAGGGAUAAUAGGGGCAAAGGCCUAGCGCUAGGAAAAUUGUUUAAUUUCGCCGGUUUAAGAUUGUGUCUGAACAUAGCAGCUUGUUCCUGCUUCGUUUUAUAUCAUUUGUGACUGAAGUGAUCUGGAUUUGUGUCGGGAGUUUUCAUGAAAUCUGAUUCAAAGCUAAGAGAAUAGGUUGGUUUGAUGCCCGUGCCGUUAACUCUAGAAGCACCAUGAGUGCGGAGCUGGAUGCACUGACUGUGGUGAACCAGCUGCGAGAUCUCGCUGCAGACCCCUUGAACCGAAGAGCCAUAGUCGAAGACCAGGGUUGUCUGCCUGGUCUCAUCCUUUUUUUUGACCAUCCGAACCCACAGGUUGUCUACUCUGCACUAUUGGCCGUGCGCUACCUGGCAGAAUGUCGAGCCAACAGGGAGAAGCUGAAGGGCGAGCUGGGCAUGAUGCUGAGUUUGCAGAAUGUCAUGCAGAAGAACACAUCGCCCGGGGAGACCAAGCUGCUGGCCUCUGAGAUCUAUGAGAUUUUGCAGUCAGCCGGCAAAGAAGAAGCGGAGCAGGCAGAGGCAGCCGCUGCCUCCUGCCGGCGCAAAGCCCACUUCUUCCUGGGAUCCAAUAACAAACGGGCCAAAACUGUAGUGCUGCACAUCGACGGGCUGGACGACUCUACUCGGAGGAGCCUGUGUGAGGAGGCCUUGUUAAAGAUUCGAGGAGUGAUCAGCUUCACCUUCCAGAUGGCCGUUAAACGAUGUGUUGUCAGGAUUCGUUCCGACCUUAAAGCCGAGGCGUUGGGAACAGCAAUAAACUCCACAAAAGUAAUGACGGCUCAGCAGGUGCUGAAAACCGAGGAUGGAGGCGAGCUGGUGGUACCAUUCCAGGAGGACGCAGCAGUCCUGGUAGAGGAGAACACAGACAUCCCAGACUACCUGCCUGAGGACGAGAGUCCGUCCAACGAGCAGGACAAGGCUGUCACACGCGUGGGGUCCGUCACAGACGGCAUGGGCUGGCUCAGCACGGCCGCCAACUUCCUGUCACGGUCUUUCUACUGGUGACAGCUUCCUGUGUUCCUCUCUCUCUCUCUCUCUGCGCUCCCUCCGAGCGACUCCAUCCAGCUGCAGCCUUAGUGUAUCUCCGCGUAGUGCAGGACUAAAGCCUGCAUCACUAGUUUAGAACCCCCUCUCUGAAGCACACCGAGCACGGCCACACGUGUGCAACUAGUGCAGGACUGCACAGUGGAACAUGCAAUAACUUAAACACGUGUAAAUACUGAGCUACAGCUCUCACUGCUGGCUAAAUGUGCACAGCUAUAAACUAACUGCAUAUGUAUCUAAAAACAUAGCCAAAGGACGUUAUGUGGAACAACCAAAUAGCUUUCUGAAAAUGAGCAUUGCUAUGUUGAGUUAAAACUUGGCAGGUACGUUUMGCUGUUCUGAAGCUGACAUUGAAAUUUGGGAGUUUCGUAUAUAUUUUUAUGCAUGAUUUUUUUUAUUGCAUCAAUUUUCAAUUGUUGUCCUUUAACUACUUCAUCUUUUUAAUUCUUAUUACGUCUGCUUUACCAUCUUUUUUGUGCCAAUCAUACCUGAUGCCUGCAUCCGUGAUUAUUACUUGUGCCUUUUUUGUGUGUUAUUCUAGUUAUUUAUUCAUCACUCUUUCAGAAGAUAUGAAAGCUCCUAGCAUGUUUAAUCUUUGUGCUUUUCCUUGCAAAUUGUUAGUUCACUGAGGGAGGUCAAUUUAAUGGAAAUAAGAGGCCGCGGCUCGCUCAGCCAUUGGCUCACGUGCAGCAGGCUGAGGCUUGAGCUGAAAGCGCAGCUCACUCUUUAGCGUCUUUUGUCACAAAUCAGGGCUUUUAUGAUUCUAAUAAUACAGAAAAAAAUCAGAUGUGGGCUUCGUGGUUGGCUCUUCGUGUUAACCUCGCAGAGAUUAGGCUACCUCCUGUUUUUAACCUCAGUCUCCCAUCAGUGUUCAGUCAUUUUAGUGAAACUACAGAUAUGCACAGCRCAGGGAGAACAGUCAGCUGCCAGCUUGCCCCAGACUUCCCAGUGUGCCCUGAAAUUGCUCUGAAAGAUCAGUUUUGGUCCGUUCCAAAUAUCAGGUUAGCCAGCCGUGACCUUAAAGCACAGAUCAUGUAGGUGCACGCUCUCACACACACAUUAUAUAUGGGCAGCAGGAGGUAGGUGUACAACAUGUAUUUUGUUAUUGCUGCCUCCCUAAAGUCUCAGACGUGGUGUGAAGGAUUUUUGCUUUUAUUUCAGUUUCAAGUUCAAAUUGUGACAAGAGCUUGUUGCAGCUAAAGCUUUGAGUGAGUUUUUCUUAGAUCAUUUUGCUCCAGGGUUAAUUCUUCUUUWAGUUCAGUCAGAGGCAUUGAGUAGAAUAGUCAAACUGAAGGCGGCUAUCCUAUAAAACAGCAAUAAUAUGUGCGUUUGUUGCAUUCGUUACAGGUCAACAACACCAUGUAAAAAUAUUGUUUUAUAGGCAAAAAAUAAGCUGAAACUGACAGCAGUAUUACCAUAUCCUCUUCAUUUAUCCRUUCUGGAGUUAGUCUCUGUGUUGCAUGUUGUUUCUUUUCAGUAUUUGCCAUUUCAGCUCAUAUUGUAAAGAAAUACUUGAAGUUUGUUAAUUACGAAACUGUAAUUAUGUUUUGACCACAGCUGUAAUGAUGAGAGAGAAUCACAGAAAAAGUCCUCAGAAAUGUAACUUGUGUACAGACUGCACCUGUCAGCAGAUGUAAUAUAUGUGCAGAUUUGAAAACUGUAGAUUUCCAUACACUGUUAAUGCAAAUAACAAUAAACUUAAAAACCAGUGUAAAUUUGGA